UUCUUUCGACUCUGCUGCGUGCUCCGCAACAGACUCCAUCACGACUCGCGCUCACGAUCCGGGGAUCGCAACGAGCUGAAUAACUAAUUCUCCUAUUUUUCUGAUUUCGCACCUUUUCAGUCUAUCAAAAUGGAGGAAGAAGUUGCUGCCCUCGUCAUCGACAAUGGCUCCGGCAUGUGCAAGGCCGGUUUCGCCGGUGAUGAUGCUCCGCGCGCCGUUUUCCCGUCCAUUGUCGGCCGUCCUCGUCACCAUGGCAUCAUGAUCGGUAUGGGGCAGAAGGACUCGUAUGUCGGUGAUGAGGCGCAGUCGAAGCGUGGUAUCCUCACGCUCCGCUACCCCAUCGAGCACGGUGUCGUCACCAACUGGGACGACAUGGAGAAGAUCUGGCACCACACCUUCUACAACGAGCUCCGUGUUGCGCCCGAGGAGCACCCCGUGCUGCUGACCGAGGCUCCUAUCAACCCCAAGAGCAACCGCGAGAAGAUGACGCAGAUCGUCUUCGAGACCUUCAACGCUCCUGCCUUCUACGUCUCCAUCCAGGCCGUCCUGUCGCUGUAUGCCUCCGGUCGUACCACGGGUAUCGUGCUUGACUCGGGCGAUGGUGUCACGCACGUCGUGCCCAUCUACGAGGGUUUCUCGCUGCCGCACGCCAUUGCCCGUGUCGACAUGGCUGGCCGUGACCUGACGGACUACCUGAUGAAGAUCCUGGCUGAGCGCGGCUACACCUUCUCGACCACGGCCGAGCGUGAAAUCGUCCGUGACAUCAAGGAGAAGCUCUGCUACGUCGCGCUCGACUUCGAGCAGGAGAUCCAGACUGCCGCCCAGAGCUCCAGCCUGGAGAAGUCGUACGAGCUGCCCGACGGCCAGGUCAUCACGAUCGGCAACGAGCGCUUCCGUGCCCCCGAGGCUCUCUUCCAGCCCUCCGUCCUGGGUCUCGAGAGCGGCGGUAUCCACGUCACCACCUUCAACUCGAUCAUGAAGUGCGACGUCGAUGUCAGGAAGGAUCUCUACGGCAACAUUGUCAUGUCUGGCGGUACCACCAUGUACCCUGGUCUCUCGGACCGUAUGCAGAAGGAGAUCACUGCUCUUGCUCCUUCGUCGAUGAAGGUCAAGAUCAUCGCUCCUCCGGAGCGCAAGUACUCGGUCUGGAUCGGUGGUUCGAUUCUGGCGUCGUUGUCCACGUUCCAGCAGAUGUGGAUCUCCAAGCAGGAGUACGACGAGAGCGGCCCUUCGAUCGUGCACCGCAAGUGCUUCUAAAGUGCUUCUAAAUAGCGCAGGACUUGGGCAACUUCCCGGAUCGUCGAGAAGCAGGGCCGGCCGCCGCCGCAGAAGAGAGUCGGGCGUCGCGCAUGUAUCUCGUGGACGAGUCUCAUAUCUUACAAAAAGUUUGGCCCCGGGUCUCUGGGAUUGGUGGGCAUCUUGCAUUCUCCGUUUGGCACAUGUUGACGCACGACAGUCUUUGUUCCCGGGGCGGGCGGGCAAGUGCGUGGGGUGGCGCGGACAAGUAGGCCGAGCUUGAUACAUUGUUUUUCCCCUUCCCAUGUUUCGCCGGACUGAGCCGUUGCGGUGAUGCUGUCUUGUGUUCGCGCCGGACUGUCUCCAGUUAGGGAUCCCCGUUUGUUUUACUGUGGUAGGGUUGUCGCCAGUCAAGAACCCGUGUGUUGUCGUUGAUACUGUUACAUUGUAGAGUUGCGCCCGCUGCAUUUCUACACCCGUCUAUUUGCAAGCAUCGCAUUGUGUCAACCGCUUUCUCAGAGCCAAUAUUCGUGCUUAAUCGAGUGUAACACGCCUGCUCUCCGAUCGGACAAUCCGACGUACCCCACCUGUCCACCCUUCCUCCUCU